GCAGAGCCGCUUCCGCCGCCGGGGCGGGCCGAGCUCGGGGCCGCCGCCGCCGUCAUUGCGGACGGGACGAUGUCUCGCUGCAGCCCCGCCGCCGCCCGCCUGCUCGGCCGCUUCCUCCGCCGCCCAUUUUCAAACAGUCAUUGCCAUUCUCCUGGAAGCCUGGAGUGUUCUCCCCAAGGCCUCACUGGUGUUCAACAGAAUGGAGUCCGACACUGCUCCUACACAGCAUCCAGGAAAAACCUGUAUGUUAACAAGAACACAAAGGUUAUCUGUCAGGGUUUUACAGGCAAACAGGGCACCUUUCACAGCCAGCAGGCGUUGGACUAUGGCACCAAUCUAGUUGGAGGAAUUUCUCCAGGGAAAGGGGGAAAAACUCAUCUAGGUCUGCCUGUGUUUAAUUCUGUGAAGGAGGCCAAAGAACAAACGGGUGCUUCAGCCACUGUCAUCUACGUCCCUCCCCCAUUUGCUGCUGCUGCCAUCAACGAGGCCAUCGAUGCAGAGAUGCCCCUGGUGGUGUGCAUCACCGAGGGCAUCCCCCAGCAGGACAUGGUGCGCGUCAAACACCGGCUGCUGCGGCAGAGCAAGACCCGCCUGGUGGGCCCCAACUGCCCCGGGGUCAUCAAUCCUGGAGAAUGUAAAAUUGGUAUCAUGCCUGGUCACAUUCACAAGAAGGGAAGAAUUGGUAUUGUGUCAAGAUCUGGAACCCUGACAUACGAAGCUGUUCAUCAGACAACACAAGUUGGGUUGGGGCAGUCUUUUUGUGUUGGUAUUGGAGGUGAUCCCUUCAAUGGAACUAAUUUUAUUGACUGCCUGGAUGUCUUCCUGAAGGAUCCUCACACUGAGGGGAUCAUAUUGAUUGGGGAGAUUGGAGGAAAUGCUGAAGAAGAUGCAGCAGCAUUUUUGAAAGAAAAUAAUUCUGGCCCCAAUGCCAAGCCAGUGGUGUCCUUCAUAGCUGGCCUGACGGCUCCUCCGGGCCGGCGGAUGGGCCACGCUGGAGCCAUCAUUGCUGGGGGAAAGGGGGGAGCCAAGGAGAAGAUUGCAGCCCUCCAGAGUGCAGGGGUUGUGGUCAGCAUGUCCCCUGCUCAGCUGGGCAGCACCAUCUACAAGGAGUUUGAGAAAAGGAAAUUGCUGUAAGAGAAGACACUUUGGAAUACUUUCUCCAAAACACCAGUGCAGCACCUCCGCUUAUCUUUUGUCUGCUAAUCUUCAGUUGCCCCAAUGUCUUGACAUUGGUCAAUGAAUUUGACUGGGAAGCCAUAAACCUCCUGGCUAAACCUCUUUCGGUGUCUCCUUGUUUCAGACGUUGUCACCCUGUUGUAAAUCACAGCAAAUUAAUAAAUCUACUACUAAAUCUGAUCCAUCUUUUGAAUUCCUGAAGCAGAGCCAUUUCUUCGGUCAUCAUAAAAAAAAUCUUUUGUAACUUAAGCACUGCCCCUUUUUAAGGUGAAGUUGCUUGUAGAGCUGCUUUUAAGGAUCAAGGCACUGACUUUAUGCACAUACCACACUUUGCUUUAUUUUGAAGAAGUCCAGUCCUGCUCGUUCGUUGCUGGCCAGUACCUUUGAACAAUAGGCCAAAGUUUCCGUCCAUUAAACCAAAGCUGCUGGAUCUGGAGGGAUUGGUGUUGAUCCACGUAGCUGGAUAUGCCUGAGGUCCAGACUUUCUCUUCAAGGCUGAUUAGCCAUGCACAGUGCAGUCCUCUACUGGCAAGGAAUUCUGUUUGUUGUGUAUAAAAUGGAAUUGUUACUGAUAAAAAUUAAUAUAAUUUCACAUGCAAAAUAUAUAUUCAAAAUUGUCUGUAACUAUGAAGAUGAUUUGGUCUUUAGCUGACUUUACCCUAAUUUCCACUUUAUCUUAACUAGCAUUGCACUGCUUGUAUUCUGAAAUCCAAGUAACAAUGGGACAUAGUGGAGAACAAUUACUAGUCUCUAGAAAAUAACUUAAUAAGGUAACUUUCUUGUUAAUCACUCCCAGUACUGUAAUGGAUACCCCUCUCUUUUUUUUUUACUGUGGAUAUAGCCCAGGUAUUGUGCCUAUAAAUGUUGCAAGUGUUAUCAGGAUGGAUUAAACCCCAGAUUGCUUCAUAUAGAGGACUGCAAGUUAAUGUAACCUGGCACUUGUUUAAAGCUAACCUUGUGUCCCAUAAAGGUGCUGUUACGAAAA